AUGGAAACCCAUUUCGAAGCAGCAUCAAACUACUUGAGCACCCACGACAUUAAGCUAUCAGACGACGAGAAACUAAAGCUGUAUGGGCUUUAUAAGCAAGCUACCAUAGGCGACUGCAACACGGCAAAGCCCAAUCUCUUCCAGUUCGUUGCGAGAGCCAAAUGGGAUGCCUGGAAUGCAUUGAAAGGAAUGUCCAAAGACGAAGCUGCUGAAUCUUAUGUACAACGAGUGGAGGAGCUACACGUUGGAUGGUCGCGUCAGGGCGAGUAUGAUGUUGAAGACCAAUCAAAUUCAGAAGAUGACCAGAAACAAGGUAUGGGUAAUGCUGUCAGCAAACUAAGCUAUGAUGAUGGUCAAGAAGGCAUGGAGAAAGGACAAGAAGGCUUUUUCGACUAUGUUUAUGAGAACGAUAUUGAUAACGUACGCAAAUACAUUACCGUGCACCAUGAAGAUGUGAAUCAACGAGACGAUCAGGGCUUAUCUGCACUUCAUCAUGCAUGUGAUCGUGGCUAUACCGAGAUGAUCGAUUUACUUGUGGAAUUGGAUGCCAAUGUCAAUAUAAAGUCCGAUGAAGGAGAAACACCAAUGCAUUAUGCUUGUAUGUCCGAACAGCUUGAGGCGGCCAAAAAGCUGAUCAAAUAUGGUUGCGACACAAACAUCAAGGACGAUUCCGGUAGCACAGCCUUUGAACAGGCUGAUUCGAGCUUUUUGAAGGAAUUAGGCAUUUAG